AUGGACCGAGUCAAACAGAUAAACCCGUUCUCGAAAAGGGAGUCUCACAGCCCUGCGGCCGUUAUAACAUACAAGGUUCUGACAAUCCUAACAUGGCUUCUUUCGGUUGUCGUCUCGGUAUACUACUCUGUUAGAUCACCCGCCGAUGAUAUCAAGCAUGGCCGAACGAUUGAGGGCCAGAACUACCUGCACUGGUCCGGGUUCACGCUCAACUUUGUGCUCGUAUACGUCUACUUCAUUGUCUUGUUCAUCUUGCAGAUCGGCUACGUUGUGCACCUUUUCUCGAGCGACAUCGACAAAGUCAACGCCGCAUGUGCUACCGGAUCCCACUUCAUCGUCAACAACUUGUUGCAUUUCGCUUUCAUUAUGCUCUUCGUCCGCAGCCACUUCGUCUGGGCUGAGCUCAUUUUGAUCAUCAACUUCUUCAACCUGAGCUCGAUGGCCUUCCGCCACCAUGCGUACGCUCGUUUCAUCCACACGCCCGUCGUCUCUGGGCCCCUAGCUUGGACAUUCGUUGCCAUUUACUGGAACGGCGCGAUCAUGGUCCCGCAUGAGGGUAGCUUGGUUGCCAGGAUUUUCGCCAAUAUCUUUGUCUGGUCCAUCCUUGUCUAUGGCCUGUUCUUCAUUGCAAUUUACAAGGACUACACAAUGGGCUUCUGGCUCAGCGUCUUGGCCGCGUCCUUGGGCGUCGCUCAAUUCCAGCGCCAGUUCAUUGCAUUCCAAUGGAUAUUCGCCUUUGUAAUCAUGGCUGUACUGUUUAGCCUGUCUGCAAUUGUGGCUGCUGCUGCAUGGACCGGCCGUGAGCUACAUUUCGGGCGAGACAAGAAGGUCACUGCUGAUGCAGAGCGUGCCCCUCUUCUGGCGGAUGAUAACCAAGCGGCUUAA